AUGGAUGGUCACGGUAGUCACGUUUCCGACGAUUUUAUGUGGCAAUGCUACUCCCAGGGAGUUUACCUCUGUUGUCUACCGGCCCAUUCCAGCCACAUCACUCAACCUCUGGAUGUAUCGGUCUUCUCACCCUUGAAGUCAUCGUUCAGAACCGCAAUACGAGAAUGCGGUCUCCAACUCAACUCAGCGCCUAUAGGGAAGCAAAACUUCCUCCGCUGUUACUUCCAGGCCCGGAACGAGGCUUUAACGGUACGGAAUAUAUGCUCCGGGUGGAAAGCUACGGGUUUGUGGCCCGUGGAUAUGAGUAAGCCACUAUUGAACCCAUUGCUCGUUAUUCCAGCAGCUACAGACGUCCCACGGCCACCACCAUGGGACCCUCUAUUACCAGAAGUACCCAAGACACCCCAAGACCUCCAUAUUAUUACGCCUAAAAAGUCAGGAGACCUCAGGAGAUACCAGAAGCUCUGGGAAGUGGGCGAGGAUAAGGACGACUUUGACCCAAUCUCGCGCAAAUUAAUAUUCGACAAGGUUGGCAAGCGAUUAGAUGCCCAGAACUUCGCUUUAGCCCAUACUCAGGUGGUCAUACAAUCGCUAGAAGCACAAGUGGUAUUAUAUAAGCCAAUAUCGAAAGGAAAAGUCAGGCAGGAUCCGAACGAACGAUUCGUACAAAUCGAGGCUAUUAUGAAGACCAAGAAGGAGGUCGCAGCGCGGCCGCAGCGGCAGAAUACGGAUCUAACGGCUAAAAGAAGUGCCUCGGACACUGAUUUCCUCAGUAUGUGUUCAGAAUUUCAGAUUUAA